CUUUGAUGUUUCUGAAGACACCAGUCUGUUUUGUGUGUGACUUCAGUCCAGUGAUUGACAGCUGAUGUGGCAUGACUCAGGAGGUGUCAGAGGAUGCUGUGGGCAGACGGGUGUGUUGUGAUGGUGAGAGAGGAACCGUGCGUUACGUGGGAACAGUUCCUCCCACCGCAGGUUUGUGGUUAGGAGUGGAGUGGGAUAAUGCAGACAGAGGCAAACAUGAUGGAAGCCAUGAUGGAGUGAGAUACUUUACCUGCAGACACCCGACGGGAGGCUCGUUCGUGCGUCCCAAAAAGGCCAGUUUUGGGGUGGAUUAUCUGACGGCUCUGAAACAGCGGUAUGAGGUGGAACUACAGGAGGUCAUCGGAGAAGAGGUGAAGAUCUCCACCAGAACUGUGAUGAUGGUUGGAUUCGAGGGCGUGAAACAGAAACAGAGGUUGGAAAAUCUGACGGAAAUCGGUCUCAGGAGGUGUGAGGUGUGCGGUCCAGGCCCAGAGAAUGAGAUCAGAAACACCACUCCGCUGGCUCAGUCUCUGGAUCUUUCUGGAAAUCUGCUGAGCUCGUGGGAGGUGGUGGCAGCUAUCGCAGAACAGCUGAACUCUCUGGAGAUUCUCCAGCUCAGUCAUAACAGAUUAAGUGUCUCCAGUAAGCCCAGUAGUUUAAGUCCCGUCUUCUCGUGUCUGAGGGUGCUGUCACUCAACAGCUGUGCGCUCACCUGGUCUCAGGUUCUUCAUUGCGCCGCCAUGUGGCAGAAGUUAGAGGAGCUUUAUCUCGCUGACAAUGACGUCACAGAAUUACUCCGACCAGAUCACGUUCUACAGACUUUGAGAGUUGUGGAUCUGAGCAAGAAUCAGAUCGUUCAAGAGACGCUGUUAGAGAUCUCACAUUUACCGCGGCUGGAGAAUCUCAAUCUGUCGUGUACGGGUCUGUCUGUCAUUCAGUUCACUGAUGUCUCAGCAGGCAACAAGACAUCAUCGUUUCCUGCACUGAAGGCUCUUUUUCUAGAUGACAACAACAUUUCAGAGUGGAUUGUAGUGAAUGAACUGGAGAAACUUCAGUGUCUGGUUCAGCUGUCGUGCAGGAGGAAUCCGAUCAUACAGAAAGAGAAGAAUCCAGAAACAUCUCGACAGAUCUUCAUCGCUCGUCUGAGUCAGCUCGACCUGCUCGACAUGAGACAGAUUCAUGCAGAUGAGCGGAGAGGCGCAGAGAUCGAUUACUGUAAGAUGUUUGCGUCCGCGUGGCUUCAGGCCGGAGGUCACAGUGAACCCGAGAAAAACCAGCUGAGCUGGGAGUUCAUCACACAACACCCUCGAUACCUUCAGCUCAUCCACAAGUACGGUGUUCCAAACAAGGACGAUGUGAGGGAAGAGAAGCCGUUCGCCUUAAAGAAUGAGUUAUUAACCGUAACCUUUGUUUGUCCAGAGGAUGCAGACAGAAAGCCCAUCGAGAAGAAGCUUCCAGGUUCAAUGAUUGUUCAGAAGGUGAAGGGUCUGUUACACCGUCUGCUGAAGUUACCCGGAGCCGAGUUCAGACUGGCAUACACCUGCUCCAAGAUGGCUGGCAGAGAGAUCGAGAUUGACAACGAUCUUAAGCCACUGGACUUUUAUUCUGUGGAAGACGGAGACAACAUUCUGGUGCGCUGGUCCUGAUGAAACUCCUGUGACAUAUGAACAUCGCACUGAUGAGAUUCAUACUGGAUCUUACUGACCACACGGCCGUCUGUGUUUAUAAUUCAGCACAAUAACUUCUCUUCAGAAAACAAUGUUACUGCUGUCAUCACUGUACAGAAUGCCACACGAUUACAUGUGACGCGUCAACUGAUCACAGUCAGUUAUAAUAAAACAAUCUUUCUUG